UCUACUUGGUCCGACUCACUAUAAAAUCCCCUCCCCUUCCUCUUCUUCCUCACCUCAACCUUUCCCAUCCAUCGAUCCAAAGCAAAGAAAGCUCGCCUGUUUCAUUGAGAGAGAGAGAGAGACCAACAUGUUGUCGUCCAAGCAACACGACGGCGGCAGGGUAGCAGGAGGAGGGUUGUCGCUGCCUCCGGGCUUUAGGUUCCACCCAACGGACGAGGAGGUAAUUGUCCAUUACCUGCUCCCCAAGGUCCUCUACCCAGCCUUCGCCUGCCGCGCCGUUACCGUGGUCGACAUCUACUCAUGUGAGCCCCGGGACCUUCCAAGCGAGGCUAGGAUGGGGGAGAAGGAGUGGUACUUCUUUGUGCCGAAGGGGCUCAAGUACCCGACGAGCUCACGGGCGAAUCGGGCCACCAAGGAGGGGUACUGGAAGUCGACGGGGAGAGACAAGGAUAUCUUUGGCGAAUGCACCAGGGAGCUUAUAGGGAUGAAGAAGUCCCUCGUGUUCUACAUGGGGAGGGCCCCAGCUGGAGUGAAGACAGACUGGGUGAUGCAUGAGUUCCGCCUCCACGGGAGGACGAGAGACUGGGUGAUCGUCAACGGUCAAAAGGACGAAUGGGUAGUCUGCAAGGUGUUCAACAAGGGCGAAUGGGAAGCUGAUUCGAACCCCCUGGAGAACCCUGACUCCGUCGGAGCCGAUGAACUCGACGUCGGUGCCAGCGGCGAGCUGGACCUGAGCGGCGUUGAGGGCUACGACCUGGAGUUGGACUCCAUCCCUGAGCUCGACCAAGAGCUCCUCGACUACAUCAAGGACUUGGAUCCGUUCACAAGCUACCAGCUGAAUGAGAACCACCAGCUGCCGGAGGCCAACACGACAACGAAUGCCGGCACUAUCGACGCGCUGCCCCCGUACAACAUGGGCUGCUACUCCUACACCGUUCCCACUACAGCUGGGAUGCCAAGCUUCGUCGUCAACCCCACGGGUAUGAUCAUGCCAAGCUUGACCAAUAAUGUUAACGUGGCAAUUAGUAGCAUUCACCAGUCGGCCAACGCCACCACCAUGGCCGCCAGCUCAGUCCCGGGAAGCAGCAAUGGUGCCGGUGCCGGCUCCUCAUGGAAUGUGCGGCAGAAUCUGCCUAACUAUGGGGUGGGACUUGGAAGAAGCUUCUUCAAUGGCAUUAGCCUGCAAGAGGAGCAGGCGGUAAUGGCAGAUGCCCUAGGAGGGCUCCUGAGUGGGGCUGGGCCGAGCUCUGGUGUGACGCCGACAAUGGGCAGUCUGCUGCCUAGCUCGGCGGCUGCGAUCGCCAGCCUUCCUUCCCCGCAGCAGAGCACUAUGGAGAUUUACAACGAUGGUGGAUAUCCUAGUUAUGGGGUUUAUGCUCCUGAUGUUGCCGCUGGUGCUGCUAAGGAUUUUGGUGGUCGGCUGCACUAGUGAUCCAGCUUCAUUGAGUUUAAUUAGCCUCUAAGUGUGGGUGGC